GGAAGACAGCAGAACAGGAGGAGAAGGAGAAAGAAGUGUGCAGGACGCUAAUAAAAGGAUAGCAAAGUAUGAGGAGGAACUUUGUCCAACAAAAGAGGAGAAGGAGCGACAACAUCAACUACUGGACGCUGUUUUCAAGAAACAUCAAGUUGUGUUACACAGAACAGAUGUCUGUGAAGAACAAGUUCUGCCUGAAAAACAGGAGUGUAGCUUCAGGAUGGUGAAGGAGGAUCCAUCGAAGAGGAAGACCAGGCGCCACGGACCCUCUGGCGUCUCCUUUUCCUCUUUGACACAGACACCUCCCUGUAAAAAGGAAGAGGAAGACUCACUGACGCCCCACAUUAAAGAGGAAGAGGAGGAAGAGGGCAUCAGUCAGCCUAAAUGGUUGGAGGAGUUCCCAGUGACUGGUGUCCCUGUGAAGAGUGAAGAUGAUGAGGUGAAAGGUGAAAGUGAGGAGAGGGGAGGGGGGGAGCCUCCAAGCAGCAGCUCAACACAACACAUGACAACAGAAGCUGAUGGAGACCACUGUGGAGGAUCACAAGCAGACAAGCUCUUAGCUCCACUAUCAGAUAGUGAGGACACAACGUCACACUCUCCUGACACUGAUGAUGAAGACUCUAAAGAUGAUAAGACAUGUCACACUGACAACACUCACUUCACAUCUUCUCACUCUCACAAAACCUUUAAAUACCAUAGUUCUCUGAAAAGACACAUGAGAAUACACACUGGAGAAAAACCUUAUGUCUGUUCAAUCUGUGGUAAAGGUUUUGUUGAAAAGCAGAGUUUGAAAAAACACACAAUAUUACACACUGGUGAAAACCCUUUUAUCUGUUCAAUCUGUGGUAAAGGUUUUGUCGAAACUCACAAAUUGAAAGAACACAUGAGAACACACACCGGUGAAAAACCUUUUUCUUGUUCAAUCUGUGGCUUAUCUUUUUCAAGGAAGCAACAUUUGAAAGUACACAUGAGAACGCACACUGGCAAAAAACAUUUUUCCUGUUCAGUCUGUGGUAAGGGUUUUACAAAUGGUCACAAUUUGAAAGUACACAUGACAACGCACACUGGAGAAAAAUCUUUUAUCUGUUCAAUCUGUAGUAGAGGUUUUGUUCUAAGUAAAUAUUUGAAAGUACACAUGAGAAUGCACACUGGAGAAAAACCUUUUUCUUGUUCAAUCUGUAGCUUAUCUUUUUCAAGGAAGGAACAUUUGAAAGUACACAUGAGAAUACACACUGGCAAAAAACCUUUUUCCUGUUCAACCUGUGGUAAAGGUUUUACACAAAGUCAGAGUUUGAAAAUACACAAGAGAACACACAUUGGAGAAAAACCUUUUUCUUGUUCAAUCUGCGGUAAAGGUUUUACACAAAGUCAGAGUUUGAAAGAACACAUGAAAAUACACAGUGUAGAAAAACCUUUUUCUUGUUCAAUUUGUUGUAAAGAUUUUUUAAAUCGACAGUCUGUAAAAGUACACAUGAGAACACACACUGGCGAAAAACCUUUUUCCUGUUCAACCUGUGGUAAAGGUUUUACACAAAGUCAGUGUUUGAAAAGACACACUAGAACACACACUGGUGAAAAAUCACAUUCCUGUUGAAUCUGCAACAGAAGCUUUAGUGACCGAUCAAGCCUUGUAGCACACAUGAGAAGACACCCAGGAGAGAAAGUGUUGAGUUGCAGUGUGUGUGGUGAAAGAUUGUCUUCUAAGUACCAGUGUAAGAAACACAAGUGUGCUGGUGAGAACAGCAGCAGCAAAUGAAACUGCAGGAUUUGAAAUAAACUGUCAAGACUUUCAUUUUGACUUUCUAACAACAUCAGCACAUAUAACAUGUGUGACAUUGUUGUUUGUCUAACAAUCUGUUUAAUAUGAUCUUUACAUUUAUAGAUUAGAUAGUUUGAAAUAUAAAAUUAUUACUUAUUUGUAUUUCUAAUUGUUAAUAAUCCCAUAGAUUAUCACCUUUAUAUGAUAUACAUAUGUACUGGUUCACAUCUGAAACAUCUUCUGGACCACUUCAGGAAGCAUAUUAUUAUUUACUUUAUACAUCAUUUGAACAGUUGUCUUUUAUACAAUUUUAAAAUGUGACUUUAUGAAUCAUUUGUUGGGUCUCUAUAAUCCAGUUUAUUAAUGAUCUUUAUUACUGUCUUUUGUAAUAUGAUGAUUGUGUUGUGAUUGUUUCAUAUGUAUGUCCCCAGACCUUUAUGCAAUAUAAAAGUGAGAGAAAAUAGCUGAAUUGUUUGUGGAAGGAUGGUUUUGUUUUUACAAACUUACAUUUGUGGAUAAAACAAAAACUCCUAUUAUUGUGUUUUAAACAUUUUUAUGGUUGUUUUUCUUUUUAACAUCCCCAAAACAAUAUCAAUAUCAAUCAAAGUUUGUCGUUUUGGCAAAAGCCAAUAUUAUACAUAGAUUUACUUUGCAUACAUUCAUAAAAUAAACAGUUUA